AUGGCGGUCCAGUUGUCGUGGUUUCACGCAGACUCUGGAGGCGGCAGAAAUGCGAUGCGGUGGAUCAGACUGCACCACGUCACCAAUUCAUCGUCUAGCUUGGUGGCAAUGUGGUUUCGACCGACAACACAAACCCCAGGAUCGACUGGGUGGAUGACACUCGUUGAUGCGAUUCGCGUCUCUCGCAAACACGGUGCACGUGCCUUUACCAACUCAGAGCUUGAACGGCAAUCGCAUCGACGCAACGAGAACCGCAAUACGGACUGA